UUACAAACAAAAAGGCAAAGCAAAAUGCAAAAGCCCUAACCAGCAGAGAAAAAAAAUUGAAAAACCCUGAGGAAUGAACUCGAUAGCGAGGCAAGUGUCUACGAUCUUCAGGAUUCCUAGUCAAGGAAUCAACUCACUGUGUCGGGAGCUACAUCCUUAUCAGACUCGACAAUGGCGGGGAAUUAGAGUGAAAGUAUGGAACGGGAACUUAGAGAGGGCUCUGGCGUUUAUGCAGAGGCAGAUGCAAUCGAGCGGGAUCGAACGGCUGAUAAAGCGUGAGCAGACUCACCACAUGAAGAAUUCAGAAAAGAGAGUUUUGGCACGCAAAAAUCUCCAGCGUAAGAUUCAAUCUCAGGAAUUGGCUCGCAAGCUGAAGUCCAUCCUCAUCAAGAAAGUGAGGGGUCUGUGAGAGCAGCUCUGGAAUGCCUUUCCUGUUUUGGCGGAACUGUUUUAGGUGCUCAACUUGCAAUUAUUAUUUAGUUUCUUGCAAAGUCACGGGUUCCUGCUCUCUUCUUUUGUGUUACAUUGCUUUAUAAGCAAUACGAAUUCAGUAUGCUUUUGGUGAAUUUUGAUAAAUUUCACGUCAUUUGAGGCUCUAUUCUUUGCAUGAAUUGGAAUUGUAAUGCGAUGCUAUGUGAAUUUCUACUGUGGCUUGCAAGAUGGGUGAGAACUAGAAAUCACUUGUAGGAAUGUGUUAAAUUGUUCAAAUAUAAUAGUCUGGGAAUAGUAGUCUUGUUUUCCUUUUGGUCACCGGAAUCAGGGAAGAACAUUUUCUGACCAUUGGGCAAAACAUAGAUUCAAUAUUUUCUUGAAGCAUCACGAAAAUGCAUGGGAAUUGAAAAAAUUUGAGAUAUUUUCUUA